AUUAACAAUAUUGGUAAUAAAUUGUCUCCCCUCUCACUACUCUGUCUCUCUCCCCCCGAUAUCUCCGCCGCCGCCUCUCUGUGUUCAGCUGCCGGCCGGAAAAAGAAAGCAAUCGGAGCAUAUAUUAAUCAAGAAUGUCUUCAGCGUCAGAGGAUGGAACCGGUAAAGAAUUCCUUCAUGAUGUUGUCAACAGCACGCCGAAGCUGGAUAAUUCCAGAAUAGCUACCGUAGAUGUAAAUGAACGGAAGAUGCAGAACUUCAAUUUCUCCUUCCUUCACCAAUUUCCACUUUUCAACUUCUUCUUUCGGAAUCAGGACGCAUCUAAGCAGGAAACCGUCACAGUCGAGCAAAUUCCUAAAGAGGAGUCGAAGCCGAAACCGAAUCCGGCCUUUGUGAAGUUUCCGACGACUUUGCCCAGUGUUCUGUCGCUGAAGCUGGAGGGAGAGGAAUCUGAGAAGGAAGAGAGUUCGAAUCCUGUUGUCUUAUGGCAGGUUUAUGUUAUCGGAGGAGUACUAGUUGGGAAAUGGUUAAUAUCAAGAUGGCAGGAGAGAAGGGCAAAAGACAACCCAUCUUCAGAGGAUGAUGAUCCCCCACAAGAGUGAGUAAGAAAAAUAACUGUUCUUAGUGUGGAUUAUUAAGCUAACUAUAGAGAGUUUUAAGGUGCUGUAAUGUUUUUGUUUACUUGGUUAAGGUUGGGAAGAUGAUGUUUUUGUAUGUUCUUAUGAUCUUGAAUUGUUUGUUUAAGUGUUUUGUCAUCUUGGGUAGAGCUUGAUUUUGUC